GAACAUGUUCGGAGUUGAAGAAAAGGCUAACACACCGGAGGCACGGCGCAAGAGGCGGAGGAGCAAGCCAUCGAUGAGCGAGGAGGAGCUCGAGACGAAGAGGAUGACUCACAUCGCUAUCGAGAGGAAUCGCCGCCGCCAGAUGAACGACUACCUCACCGUCCUCCGCUCCUUGAUGCCUCCUUCCUAUUCUCAAAGGGGAGAUCAAGCAUCAAUAGUUGGUGGUGCGAUCAAUUUUGUGAAAGAACUCGAACAUCUACUUCAACUCUCCACUUUCCCUCAACUAUACACUAGGAGAUCAAGUAGCAACUCUUGUAUCACGGCGAAUGUCGCGGUGGAGAGGCGGUCGGAUAUCGAGGUGACGAUGAUGGAGGGUCAUGCAAGCAUCAAGAUCCUAGCAAAGAAAAACCCUAAGCAACUCCUCAAAUUGGUGGCCGGAUUUCAAUCCCUUUGCCUCAACAUUCUCCAUCUUAGCAUCACAACCGUUGAUCAAUCGGUUUUAUACUCUUUCAGUGUUAAGGUAGAAGAUGAAUGCCAGCUCAGCUCAGUGAAUGAGAUAGCCACAGCAAUACAAGAGAUGAUUGGAAGGAUCCAACAAGAAUCUACUUCUUUAGCUUAGAAAAUUGUCUUCUCUCUUUACAUUUUGUAAAACCUAGUCUUAUGGAAGUAUCGUGUGUUAU